UAAAAUAGACUUUCCUCGUCUAGAUUUAAUAUUUCCGAUAUAUAUUGAAUGCAGCAAAGCAGAACAGAGGAGAGGGCGCGCGAGAGAGGUUGGGCUGACGUCAUGGCACGUUGCCCCCUCCAUGUUUGGCUGAGAAGUUUGUGUAGCGUCGACAAACUCGAGAUACCAUUGGUUUGAGUAGCAACCAGAGCUCAGUGGAAGUGAAGUGUCUAUUCACAACUUCUCAUUUUUUAGUUUGGGCAUGUCACCUCAGCGUAACGUUAUUCCAUGUGUUAUAUAAGGUGACCUUGCUUAAUUUGUCAUCAUCAUUAAGUUAACGUUAAAAAACGGCAAUGGCGAGCGGGCGGAUUUGGAUUUAUGUCCCCCUCAAGUUAAAAUUAGCGGCUACCGUUAUUGCUGAAUGGGUUGUUGGGUUUUUUUCAGUUUCUUCAAUGAAUAAGUAGGUUUCUAUUUUCGGAGAGUCUCGCAUCCUGCUCUGUGUGGGCUCGUAUGAACCGUGUCGAGGCAGUAACGAGUUUUCGGGGGCUCCGCCAGCAGAGCCCGGCUUCAGGAUGAGGAUGCCCAGAGGAGGACGCUUAUUUCUGGCGACGUGCCUCGGCUCGCUCUUCUUCCUUGUGCUUUACUUUCAGAGCAUCACCAAGCCAGAACCUGGUGUGAAGACUGGCAGCAGCCCAGGGAUAAGUCGAAGUCCACUGCAGACCCCCUACAAUGGAGACCAGAAGCAGCCGGAGCUGUUGGCAGAUCAGCAGUCCCUCCAAGGCCGCAGGGAGCUGUUGGAGAAGGCGUGUCUGAGCCACAUGAGGAAGCGGCAGGUGCUUUCGCCUGAGGAUCUCAAACACCUCAUUGUGGAUGAUAAACACAGCCUUAUUUACUGCUAUGUACCCAAGGUAGCCUGCACCAAUUGGAAACGUGUCCUUAUGGUCCUCACCAGUGAUGGCCGCUACACCGACCCCCUCGCUAUCCCUGCGAACGAGGCCCAUGUGGCAGGUAACCUCCGCACACUUUCCGAGUUCUCAGUCUCUGAGAUCAACCAACGCCUUCGCAGCUACCUCAAGUUCAUCUUUGUGCGGGAGCCCUUUGAGCGCCUGGUGUCCGCCUACCGGAACAAGUUCACCCGUAGCUAUAACACCGCUUUCCACAAGCGCUACGGAACCAAAAUCAUCCGCCAGUACCGGCGCCACCCAAAGCCCGAAGCACUGGAGAAAGGGAAUGAUGUUUAUUUUCACGAGUUUGUCCAGUACCUUGUGGACCCUCGGACCCAACGAGAGGAACCUUUUAAUGAGCACUGGGAGCGAGUGCACUCCCUUUGCCAUCCCUGUCUGAUCCACUAUGACGUAGUGGGGAAGUACGAGACUCUGGAGCCAGAUGCUCAGGCUGUGCUCAGUUUGGCUGGAGUGGAGGGAACACUUCAGUUUCCAACAUCUGGUAAGAGCACCAGGACCGAUGGCAACAUGGCAGCACGCUACUUUGAGCAGAUCAGUCCUUUCUACCAGAAGAAACUGUUCAACCUGUAUCGAAUGGACUUCCUGCUGUUCAACUACUCCACACCAGAGUAUCUCAGGACUCAGUGAGGGGCAGAGAAGACAGGAUUGACAUCAUUGUCAUGAAGGGACCAGUUUGACAGUUUCCUUUCCUUUUUGACUUCAGACAUUUUGUUCGAGGUGGAUCAUUUUGCACUUUUGGUUUUCAUGGACUCUAGAUUGGUCUGUCACAAGCACUGUCUUGUUGCUUUGACACUCCAACAACAAUAUGAUUCAUUUGGUUUCAGUGAAUUUCUUAAUGGAACCAGACAUACUCCUGAGAAGAAAGGACAGAAUUCAGUAUUUAUUUUUUAUUCAUCUGAUUGAUAUUUCUCACCUAAGAAUUAAUUUGUCCAAGUGAGCAAUUCUUUGACUUUUAGUUUUUGUUGUCGGUUAAAGAGGGUCAUUGAAUUGGUGUGAUGUGCCUUUACCAGCACCCCUGUGGUGCCCACUACAGUAAUGGCUUCUUUUUCGAACUAAUGAGCCACAGAUGAAAGUCACAGUUCAGAGGAGCAGGUUCUCUUCUUGCAUGAGUAUACAGGUGAGUGUGCUGACUGUGAAACUGAAUGCAGCACAUUCAUUCAAAGCACAUGCAGUAUGACAAUAGCUGGGUGGCAUUUAUUUAUGUAUGUCAGUGCAUAAAGUAUUUAUUGUGUCAGAGACUUGUGUGGCAGUAAGGAUUUGGGCUCAUGAUUUUGUGAAAAUGAAUUUUAUUCAAAAGAAAACAAGAGUUAGUUGUUUUUAGUUGUGAAUUUUUGGUUUGUUGUUUUUGCAUGGAAAAUUACUCGCUGUCUUGGCUUUUGCACAUAAACUCAUCUUAAAUAGAGAUCUUCUGGACAGUUUAAAAAUCAUCAUAUCAUACUCUUUUCCCCUGAUUUCUGUAAUUAAAACCCUAUUCCUUAGACUUGUCUUCUCUAACUUGUCACAGUCCUAUCUUACAUGUAUGUCUGAGAGGAGGAAACUCUUCUGAGUUCCGGUAAAAGCUUGUUGCCACCUCUCCUCUAUCACUGUGUGCAUUUAGCUCUGGGCAGGUAGGCUGAACAAACAGCCACAUAGCUGUGGUCAGGCCUGGGUCCAGCCCAGCACUACCCCUCGUCAGAGCUCUCCUUGUUAGGGUGAACGCAGGCACCUGAGGGGUUAAUCCACCUACAGUCAUCUCCACUGCAGGGCCUUGUUCAGCAAAUGGAAUGGAAUUCAUGGUGAAUAAUAUUAAGUUAAUGAAGGGAAAUCAUUAUUAAUGGCCUGUUAUGCGAAAAUAUCAGUUUUAACCCAUCUUCAAGAAGUUACUGGGAAAUUACAAUGUUACAGCAGCAAACAAGAUAUAGAGGGUGCAAAGCAUGCAAGAAUAAGGGAAGGAUGAGCAUUCAAAAAGAAUAAAUACACAGGAAACCUGCAGUACCUGCAGCUGUACACAGUACAGAAAAGAAAAGACUAUUCACACUAGAGUCCCUCAAGUUAUGAUUAAUGGAUGGAUUGAUUAUUGUACCGAUUUGUUUCAGGAAAAUGAUUAAAGGAGAACUCAUCCGAAGAUGACUAAAUAAAUGAAAAAGAAAAAAAGAGGCUGUGUUCUAAAUUGCCUCAAGUGAUGUCACUUGGGUUAGCCUUGGCUGGGAUUGAAGACUACAAGUUUGAAAGUUUGAAAAUAAAAAAAAUCGAUGAGUGUGGUGACCUCACAAGCUCUGCAUUGUGAUUAUUGCCAUCAGGUUUGCCAAGGAAGAAGAAUGCUUUGAAUAAUAAAAAAUGUUUUAAAUCUGUCUAUCAAGAGUUUGACAAAAUUCAGGAGUGUAGUCUGCAAACCAGUAUUUUUUUGAAAACUAGUAGAGUGAGAUGUGCUACCUGAUUUUGUGUAAUUGGAGCAUAUUUUUACACAUUUCUGCAUAAUGAUUUUUUUUAAAGAAAAAAGAAAGGAUGCACAAAACUUGUAUGAUUUCAUAUAGAAUUGAAUAGCAAUUAUUUGUUGAAAUACAAGCUUUGGCGUUUCCAUCGGCAUAAAUUCUGAAAAAAAAAACGCAAAACGGCAUUAAUUUACACAAGCAGGAGCAGGAAAAAAUGUAAGCUGUAUGAGAGGUAAAUAUAGGUUAAGUUUGACUGAACCUUCACUUAUUAGUCAAAUCAGGUUAGAAUGUUUAAAAAUGGAUACCCAUGUAGCAAUGCCCUUUCUAAGGAUUCCCUACACUGUAACAAGUGACUUCCCAGUCUGUUCAAAGUGUCAGCCGUGCUUAUUAAGACACCAGUCUAGCAUGGAUGAAUUGGAAACUUUGACGGCUGGGUUUCAUCUGGACCUGACAUAGCUUGUUCUCCCUUAGAAUAACAAGAAUUUCCCCUGAAAAAACAAACAGGAUAUUAGUUCCAGUUUUGCUGAAAGAAGUGUGCAUGUCAAGACAAGUUGGUGUUGAACAAUUUCAUCUUUUUGUCUUCCAGAUUUAUUGUGUAAUAAAUGUCAUCUCGCUGGAGAAUAUUGACAGACAGAAACACUGCUUUUUGUCUGCCUGUAGUCAUGCUUUGAAAAGUGCAAUAUCUGUGUCUGAGUGUCGCUAAUGUGCUAAAUGCUUUAUUGUUAUAAAUGACUUCCUCUUUUAUUCAGGCCUGAAAUUCGUGCUAUCAUGCUCAGGUCACAUUUUAUUUUUCUGUUUGUUUCUGAUUGCAGCCAUGGAUUACAGGGUUUUCAUUUUAAUGCUCAGCUACGUAGCAGUAUGUGAUUUAAGCCAUAAUUUGCAAGAUGAUGUGACUUGCCAAAACCCAAUCACACCCUUCAUGUUUGUUCCUGCUACUGGCUCGAUGACAUGCUUCACAAAAUAUAUGUUUUACCUUUUCAUUUCUUUUUUUUUUCUUCUCUGGAAAAUACAGAAUACAAAAUAAGAAACAGCGUGUUCUUUCAAAGGGGUUAAACAUGCUGCACAUUCAUCUCAAAUGCCCAGACGCUGCUGUGUAUGAACACAGCUAGUCAGACCUUUCCUGCCAUUUCUGUAGAAAUGUCGCUUUAGUCAGACCUGUGAAAUAGUGAAUAGAACACAAUCUGAAAGAAUCUGUCGUGCAUUAGUUUACUUGUGCCACAAAACUGUGAAUGUGUUAACUUGAUAACUGCCAUGCACUUGUUGAUGUGUUGAUUGACUGGCUGGCUGCCUUGAAAUUUUAACAAAUACAGUGUCUUAACAGCA